UUGACAGCUCAUUAAUCAUUCUAUGGGCGGAGCUAAGAAAGCCGUGGGCAAUAUGGCGCCGACCACGCAACACCGACCUUAAACAGCCAAUCACUGACGGGAAGGAGUAACAUAACACCAUGAUGCCUAGCGGUCGUAGAGGCGCCUGGUGAGGCAAUAAAUCAUCGUGAAAGAGCAGCCUGACAGACCUUCGAGAUUGAACAAGGAGACUACUCCGUCGGGUUAAACGCUGGCGCAGAGUUGAAUCCAAAGCAGCUUAAGAACGCUAUCUAUCUGCGGCGGGUUUCGCUAGUUGACUGGUAUUACCAAUAAACUAUUGUUUUACAGAAAUAGGAGCUAAACAUAAAAAAAAGGAAAUCAAAUUGGUGUAACUAAAAGGAUGGGCUUGGCCGGAGUUCGAAUUGAAACGUUGCUUUUAAGAGAUAAAGUUGUCUAAUAACUAGACUGCGGUCCGAAGCCGGGUAUAUGAUUGGUCUAAAGCAAUCACAUGGUCAAAAUUUUUGGUCUGUACUCCUCGGACCCUUCCCGCAUUAUCUGAAUGCUAAUAUGUCAAGCCAAGAAUGAACUACUCUGCGCUUUUUCCAAGCUUUGACACUUCUGUCACUUGGGACCCGUCACGUCAUCAUCUCAAAAACACAGAAAAUCCCGGCACCUUGCCCGAAACUCAAGGGUUUGGUGCUGGCCUUUUUCUUGACACUUACACGAGCCAUAUAGGAAGGGACUUUGAUGGGCCCAUAGGUAGCAUACCGGUUGGAAGCUCCAAUCGUGAAUCACUCCCAAACUAUCUUCUACAGCCCAUCUACCCAUGGAUGAGGACAAAAAAAUCCGGCUCUCGCGGAAUAGGCGGCAAGCACGCCAAGAGGUACCGCACGAGCUACACAAACCGACAACUUCUUGAGCUCGAGAAAGAGUUUCACUACAAUAAAUACUUAUGCGGCACUCGAAGGCGAGAGCUGGCCAACGCUAUGAAGCUCACAGAGAGACAAGUCAAAGUUUGGUUCCAAAACAGGCGCAUGAAACUCAAGAAGGACGAGAAGCAGAAAGAAGACGGACCAAGCGCCUUACCGGAUUAUGAUGUGAUGAAGUCUCUUCCUCGUCUUCCAAGGCUACUGCCAACAUACGCAACUCAAACGGAAGGCUACCCUCCUAUAGAGGCCGUAGAGCACCUCGACAGUCAGUCACAAAACGCACUAAGACAUUACACCUAUAGCAAUUACUCCAUGCUAACGCACGCGCUCAAUACAGUCCUGCAGUGAUUUAAACUUAUAGUUCGUCAUUCUAGCCGAAAUUUCUCUACAAAAGACAACCACAUAGCUCCUGUAAUACAGUGAUCAAGGCUAACGCACGUCACUUUGGUGACUAAACAUAAACACAUUUUCACAUCCUACAACGGUAAGUCAAAAUGCGCUUAUCUUUUUUUAUGUUUGCACUAAAAAAACUCAAAUCAUACGAAAUGUGCUUCGAGUAACAAAAAACCUGCACAUUUUGAAAGAGAAAUAAAAAAUGAUUAUUUCCA